AUGACAGGGACCGCGUCGCCCGAAAACCCAACACACGACAUCUCGGCUGCCCACCUCAACAACGGCGAUGGCCACGUCGAUGACCAGCCACCAUCGAGUCCACUAUCCGACGCGGACGAGAUUCUCAAGAGGGUCAAGUCGGAAACCCCCGAGCUGCAAAUAGACGACGAAUCAGCCCUUGACCAGCAACAACAAGAGUCAUCAUCACCAGCCCAGGAUGUUGAUCAGCCCGCACCGAAAACGAACGGCCAUGCGAAGGACGAGGACACAAACGGACACAUCGACGAUGUCGAUCUGCAUGGUGACGAGAGACCUGCCAAGCGUCGACGAGUCCGAGACACCACUCCACCUCCCAACAGCGCGCCGCGUAAAAAGGUCGAAUCUCCGCCUUGGAAGCGCAUCGAGGCCGAGGGUCCAUCAACUUUUCGCGAGAACGGUUUGCGCAAGUCCGGUCGCAUCAACACCGUCCCACUGGAGCUGCAGCGCGGUGAUAAGAGGAUAACUAGGAGAUCCCUUCAUGCACAAGGCAGCCCGGCGACGAAGAACAAGACCGCAGCCCCGAACGGCCAUGUUGCCCCCACGCAACCUUCCAAGCGGCCAGUCUCGUCUGGGAAGCCCGCUCCCUCGAAGGCCACAACAACAUCCAAAUCUUCGAAUAAGAAACCAGUCCAAGAGACAAGAUCCAGUGCUCGAACUCGUCGAAGAUCAUCCUCACCCACAGCCACGACCACCCCUCCCAGAGCUUCCGCCCGAACCCGACGAAGCUCGCGUAAUCGAAGAGAAAGCACAGAUGCGAAACACGCUGCCUCGACGCCAAGUCACGAUGCUCGUAAUGGAGCACCCGUCCGAGUCACACCUCGAAUCAAGCUACGCAUGCGUCUGCCCUUGACGGAGCUGCCUAUAGUCCACCCCGAACAAACCAAGAUGCGGCCAAAAAUUGGCAGUAGUUUUGAAGAUUACUUUGUUCAGGCUGCUGAGAUCCCUGUCGAGAGUGGUGGUCAACUGGCUUCUGAAGAUGGACCGCAACUUACAGAGGAUAUGGCCUUGAAAGAGGCCAGGUCUAUACUGAGAAUUGAGGAUGAGGUUGGUCCUGGAGGUCUCCUCUCUGAGGAACGGUGCUCCGCCUUUGAGCCUGAGCCUGCAGAGGAGCCCCCGAGGCAAUGGGCGCACAUGGAUCAUCUGACCAAGGCGAUGACGAACUUCCGCAAGCUCAUGUUCAUGGAACAUCAACGCCAUCGAGCAGCUGCUAAAAAGCUGGCCGAGGCCUGCCGCGAUGAGUGGAUUCGAAGGCAACCAAAGAGCGCCGAGCAGCUUGAACAGGAAGCCAGAAUAAUGUGGAUCGGGCGAUACCGUCUUGUGGUCAAGUCUCUCUUUGGAACCUGGGAAAAUGUCAAAGCCGAGAUCAACCGUCGACGUCUUGAGGAAUGGGAAGCUGCGGAGCAGAAACGUGUUAAGGCAGCUCUACAAGAAGCCGUCAAUCUCUCCGAGCAGAAGCUCCUAGCAAGACAAGCGCAUGCCGACUCUGAGGGACUUACGGAUGACGAGGAUGACGAGUUGGAGAUCGGAGACGAGUUGGGCGAGGAUGCGGAUCUAAGUUCUGACUCUGACGUGGAAAUAGAUUCCGACGCCGAAUCCGGAGCUGAUGAAGACAACAUGUCUUCGUCUUCAGACGAAGAUGAAGACAGGAAGUCUGUAGCAUCCGAUGAGGGCCUCACCCAGGACCAGUUACGAGAAAAAUACGCAAAUCUUCCUGCCUUAGAGUCUAACGAGAAAGGCGACGAGGGAACGCCAGGCAGCGAUCUUGAAGCACUCGCGCUCAACUCGAACGAUGAUGACACAAGUGACGAGUCUGUCGAUAUGGAUGAUGAUUUGGGCUCGACAGAUAUGGACAGCGAAGAUGAAGAUGGCUCUGACGAAGAUAUUGAGGACUCUGAUGAGGCUGAUGAAGAGCCAUCGGGGCUUCUUGGUCUGUUUUUCGGAAAGAAGGAGUUGAAGAAAAUGCAAGAGGAGGCCACACCAGAUGCUACAGAGACGCCAGGCGUGGAUGGGGAUGGGGACACGGCAAUGCUCAAUGAUGUUGACACUCAGCCGCCUCUAAACCAAGAACCGAAGACUGAUGCAGACGAACAAGACAAGCAACAUGACUCCAAGGAUGAACAGCAAACCGAGCAAGAGGACACUAGUAAUUAUAACAUCGAGCAGGCACUGUCUGCUGACACUGCGCUGGCUCAGCCACAGCUCGAUGUUGCAGAUGAUAGACCUCAAAACGCAACUUCGAGCACGAAUCCUCCAGAGACAUCAUCUAACUUACUAGACCACACUUCUCGAACGGACGGUAGCAGCGUAGUCCUACUAGAGAAGCAAGAAGGCCUGACGACCACCGAAGCCGAGAAUUCCGCCCCCGACUCUCGGCCUAUUCAACAAGAGUUAGCUGCCAGCCAGGAUGUUUCUAUGAUCGAUGCACCGCAAGACCAAGCCAUCGAAGAGAAUAAUUCGGUUCCGGAGGUCGAGAUCACGGCCCCCGUGUCUGCCGCGAAACAGACUAGUCCUGAGACUGACGCUGUGACCAAUGUCGUUAGCCCAGAUCCUAGCCAGUCUCCCAGGACAUCAGAAACAAAGCCAUCAGAGGUCGACACUGCAUCUUCUGUGGAGCAUCUUAGUGUUCUUAAGGAUGCCAGCCGGUCGACAUCUCCUCAGCCAUCCACCAAGACUGAGAUCCCGUUCUUGCUGCGCGGCACACUUCGAGAAUACCAACAUGACGGUCUCGACUGGCUCGCAGGGCUGUAUGCCAAUAAUACAAAUGGAAUCCUGGCUGACGAAAUGGGUCUCGGAAAGACUAUUCAGACAAUUGCGCUGCUCGCCCAUCUUGCCUGCCAUCAUGAAGUAUGGGGACCGCAUCUCGUUAUUGUCCCUACUAGUGUUAUGUUGAACUGGGAGAUGGAGUUCAAGAAGUGGUGUCCUGGCUUCAAGAUACUCACCUACUAUGGUACGCAAGAGGAGCGCAAGAGGAAACGUCAAGGCUGGACGAACGAUGAUAUUUGGAAUGUGUGCAUUACAUCUUAUCAGAUUGUCCUACAGGAUCAACAAGUCUUCAAACGACGCCGUUGGCACUAUAUGAUCUUGGAUGAGGCACACAACAUCAAGAACUUCAGAUCUCAGAGAUGGCAGACUCUUCUGGGCUUCAAUACUCACUCAAGGUUGCUCUUGACUGGCACACCACUACAGAACAAUCUGACGGAGCUGUGGUCACUCCUCUUUUUCUUGAUGCCCUCCGAGAACGGGGUUGGUGGAUUUGCAGAUCUACGAGAGUUUCAUGAUUGGUUUCACAAACCAGAGUCCCAAAUUCUGGAGAGCGGGAGAGAGCAGAUGGACGAAGAGGCCCGCGCCAUCAUCUCAAAGCUCCACAAGGUGCUGCGGCCCUACCUUCUUCGUCGAUUGAAAGCAGAUGUGGAGAAGCAGAUGCCUGCGAAGCAUGAGCAUGUGGAGUUCUGCCGACUUUCUAAACGACAGCGUGAGCUCUACGAUGGAUUCCUAGCACGGACCGAGACACGAGAGACUCUGUCCUCUGGCAAUUAUUUGUCAAUAAUUAACUGUCUCAUGCAACUACGCAAAGUGUGUAAUCAUCCGGAUCUGUUCAUCGACAGGCCGAUCAUGACAUCGCUGCGGAUGAAUAAGUCAGUCGCAGCAGAUUUCGGAUUCACGGAACAGCUAAUUCGCAACAAGCUGACCGCGAAGACGCCAAUGAGCAGCGUCAGCUUGGGCUUUCUUAACUUAGUUCCAACAGAGCACGAGGAUCUGUCGAAGCAAGUCGCAGAAAGAAUCUUCCAAUUAAGUUCCCACAGGGCCCUUAUGGACCUCCGAGAAAACCAGAAGACACGCGCCAACAAUGCAUACCUUGCUCUUGACCCAGCAACCGCAAAAUCAAACAUCGUUUACCUUGAGAGCGCUGCAAGAUGGGGCCGUUUCGAGGAGCUGCAACAUUGUGUCUACCUCAAUGCCUUGCGUCGUCAGCAGAAGCCAAUCUACGGCAAGGGCCUCCGAGACUUUCUCACGAUUGGAGUUGACCAGCGGCCAUACAAACCACGUCCUCGUGUACCGAGAGAAAUCAUGACAUGGUUCGAAGAAGACUCGUUCAUUCUCCGCACAAUGAUUCCGACCAUCAGCCAACGAGCCGCAUCUAUGGAGAACCUGAUCACGAAAUUUGCAUGUGUCACGCCAGCUGUUGUGACUAGGGAUCUGAAUCAAUACUUGUUGGGUACAAAAUUGAUCACAGAGCUUGAAGAGGUUGAUCUCAAACUGUCUGCACCGGUCAAGACCCUGCCUUUUAUUCCCCGGCAGCCGCCCUUGGAUCCUUGGCACGAAGCACGCAUGCGAUUGUCAAUCCAGUUCCCGGACAAGCGCCUGCUUCAAUAUGAUUGCGGAAAGUUGCAGGCACUUGACAAGCUUCUACGCAAGCUGCAAGCUGGCGGCCAUCGUGCUCUAAUCUUCACUCAAAUGACUAAGGUUUUAGAUAUUCUCGAGCGAUUCCUCAAUAUCCAUGGCCACAAGUAUCUCCGCCUUGACGGUUCUACGAAGGUCGAGCAACGACAGAUCCUCACAGACCGAUUUAACGUAGACAAUCGCAUACUCUGCUUCAUCUUGUCUACACGUUCUGGUGGCUUGGGUCUCAAUCUCACUGGCGCGGAUACUGUCAUCUUCUAUGACCAAGACUGGAAUCCCGCCAUGGACAAGCAAUGUCAGGAUCGAUGCCAUCGUAUUGGCCAGACGAGAGACGUGCACAUUUACCGACUCGUCAGUGAGCAUACUAUUGAGGCCAACAUUCUCCGGAAAGCCAGCCAGAAGCAGAUGCUCGACGAUGUUGUCAUUCAGGAAGGAGAAUUCACUACUGAUUACUUCAACAAGCUAUCGGUUCACGAUGUUCUCGGUGGUGCCGAUCAAGGAGGUCUCCUUGGUGAAAGCGAUGCAGUCGCGAACGAGGCUAUGGAUCGGGUUCUGGGAGGAGUCGAAACCACAGACCAGAAAACCGCUGGCAGAGCCCUAGAACAAGCUGAAGACACUGAGGACGUAAUCGCUGCUCGAGCCGCUGAAAAGGAAAUCCAGCAAGAUGAUGCUGACUUCCAAGAAAAGUCUGGUGGUGGAUCUGGUGUAUCCAGCGUUCGUCAAGGAACGCCAAGAGAAGGCUCGAUGGCACCCGCGACACUUGGCAAAUCGGGUCUGGGCCUCUUCGCUGAAUCUGCUGACGAUGUCUUGAAGGCUGAGGAAGUCGAAGUCGAAUACAAUGCUUUCGGCGAGCCUCUACAAACCAUUGACGACUACAUGCUCAAGAUCAUGGCCGCGCAGCUAGCAGGUACUCCGCUGGAGCUACCUAAGGAUAAGAAGAAGAGCAAGAAGAAAGGAAAGGAUACACGCAAGCGUUGA